CUUUUGCCCACCUCAAAGAUGGGUUAGUCGUCGAACCCUUCAAGCAGAGUCGUCGUCAUGGAAAAGGAUAUUACUCUGCCCAUUCUAGCAGGAGAUUGCGUCUCUGGCGAUAGGAAGCGAGUAAGAAUGGCUGAUCCAGAAUCUACCGUCGGCGGAGAGGGCAGACCUGUUAAAUUACCCAAAAUCAAAGACAACGGAGAUGUAGUAGGGUCAACAUCGGAGGCAACCCAGGUCCCUGUCGAUUCAAUAAUGGCUGACGUGGCGACUAACGAUCUAGACGGAAAAACAAACGCCGGCCACGGGGUAGUCUCAGUCAUGGGACGGCAGAGAGCUAUGACGACCGCCGUUUCCACUGUCGUCGACGAGAUCCCUUCUUAUGAUAUUUUUGGAAUUUUCGAUGGUCUUAGGCUUGCUAAAUUAUUAGAGGAGAGGCUGUGUCGGCUCGUGAAGGAGGAGGUAACGGCAUGCCACGGCCGUGGAGUUGCCGCAGACUGGAGUGAAGUGACGAGAUCAUGUUUUUCGGAAGCGGUGGGGACUGUGAGGUCUACUGCAGCGAAAGCGGUGGUUACUAUUGUCGGAAGAGAGGAGGUAAUUGUGCUUUGCCGUGGCGGCGCUAGGGCGGUUCUUUACUCUCAAGGCGGAAUCUCUUUGCCUCUUUGCGACAUCCACCGUCACCAUAGUGAUGUAGAUCAAAAGCUGAAGAUCUAUAAGCGAACAAUGAUUGAUGAUUUCAUAGUUCUUGCAUGCGAAGGCCUAUGGGAUGUUGUCUCCGACGACGACACAUAUCGACUUGUCAAAAGUUGUCUUUACGGGGAAUUACCAGACGGAUGUAAAAGUGAAUCAAGUUCUACAAAGGCUGCGGUAAUCUUAGCAGAGCUUGCAAUAGCUAGAGGAAGCAAAGAGAAUAUAAAUGUCAUCGUUAUUGAUUUGAGGAGUUCUACUGUAUCUUAGCCUUCAUUUUUAGUUGUGAUGGUUCUCAGCUAUUAAUAGUUUUUAUUUUCCUUUUCUUCAUUAGCAUUUUUCCAUCUUACGUCUUGGUUUUAGAAACUUUUUUGGGUGUCAUUGAGUUGUGUUUUGU